AUGCGGAAAGAAGAUUUGGAGGCGAUACGUCAAGACAUUUCAUCUAUGUUACGUCGAUAUUCAGUGCCUAAACUGAAUCUUCCCAAAGAAGAAUUUAUAGCGUUAAAGAACCUACGUAAUAAACCAGAACUUACGAUUAUCCGCGCAGAUAAGGGAAAAGCCACAUUAGUCAUGGAUACGUCAGAUUAUAAUUCUAAAAUACAAAAAUUUUUGUCGGAUGUAAGUACUUAUAAAAAGGUUAAAAACGACCCAACAAGUAGCACACUAAAAACAACUUGUGACCUCAUAAAGAAACAUUCCGAAAAAUUAAAUCUGGACGUAAAAUGGAUAAUACCUACGUGUGCCAAAUCACCAAAAUUGUAUGGGUUACCAAAAAUACACAAGCCCAAUGCUCCAUUACGUCCCAUAGUGAGCCAAAUCGAUUCACCAACUUACAGAUUGGCUCAACACUUAGCGAAAAUACUCUCACCGCUCAGAGGACAUACAAGAGCACAUAUAAAGGAUUCCUAUCAUUUUGUCAGCGAGAUUAAAGACCGACAUCUGUCAGACAAUGAAACUAUGGUCAGUUUUGAUGUGCAGUCAUUGUUUACAUGCUUACCUGUUGAAGACUGCAUCUCAAUUGUAACUAGAAAGCUGGAAGAAAACAACAUGCCCGUAGAAUAUGCAGUAUUUCUCAGACACUGCCUUACAUCUGGCUACCUAUUGUGGAAGGAGGAGUUCUACAAGCAACUAGAUGGUGUGGCGAUGGGCUCACCUGUAUCUCCCAUUGUCGCCGACAUAUUCAUGGAAGACUUUGAGGAGAAAGCCCUGCUUACUUCUCCCAUAAAUCCAAGAUUCUACAAGCAGUACGUAGACGACACUUUCACAAUUCUACCUUUAGAUAAAGUAACUGCAUUUUUAGACUAUCUUAACUCUAUAAAUUCUAAAAUUCAGUUCACAAUGCAGUUAGAGGCAAACAACUCCUUAGCUUUUAUAGAUGUAGAGCACGAGGGAUCUGUGAUAGUAAACACCUGGCUGCCGAGCCACCACCAUGUCAAGCAAGUUUUGCAUGACAACAAGCUUCGGGUCCCGCGCCUACGUCACAGUGAACGAGUGGAGCCGGCCACAGUCGCGCGUGUACCCGCUGUACUGCCAUAUAUUAGAGGAGUCACUGACAAGAUUGGCUACAUCUUGAACCGUGCUUCCAUCAAAACAUACUUCAAGCCGCUGAAGAAGUUUGGUCAGUUUUUACCAUCAGUCAAGUGUAAUGUCCCUCUGCAAGAUGCAGGAGUAUACAAGCUUGAUUGUGAAUUUGGUCUCUCCUACAUAGGACAAACUAAAAGGUCAAUUAAAACCCGCGUUAAAGAACAUAUAGCUGAUGUGAAGAACCACGCCCCGGGAAGUCUGCAGUCUGUGAACACGUACAGGAUCGCCCCCGUCACUACAUCAGAUUUGAUAUACCACAAAUCCUCGCUAAAGAACAUCGAUUCCUUCCAAGGAUGA